CCCCGCUUCCAGGACGGAAUUGGUUUGGUCCUACAUGGCGUAAAGUUUCCGCCAACUGUGAGUCUGCCGUAAUUUCAGCAGAAGAAGAAGAUCCCAGUUAGAGAGCCUCCCACAUAGAGGAGAAACACAGACAAGAGGACCGACAUGGCAGACAUGGACACUCAGACCACCCACACUGAGCCUGUGGUGGAUGAAGAGGCGCCUCUCUUCAGCAACAUGGACCUCUUGCUGUUCUCCAUCAUUGUCGGAUUUUUCAUUUAUUGGUUCAUGUCCCGCAAGAAGCCUGAGCCCAUUCCCGAAUUCAAGAAGCUCGACACACCGACACCCACCACGAGAGAGACAAGUUUUGUUGAGAAAAUGAAGAAAACUGGAAAGAACAUCAUCGUGUUCUACGGAUCUCAGACGGGCACGGCAGAGGAAUUUGCUAACAGGCUGUCCAAAGAUGCUCAGCGCUACGGCAUGAAAGGAAUGGUUGCUGAUCCAGAGGAGUAUAGCAUGGGGGAACUUUCCCGUCUGUCUGAGAUUAAUAACUCACUCGCCAUAUUUUGCAUGGCCACCUAUGGUGAAGGAGACCCAACAGACAAUGCACAGGAUUUCUAUGACUGGCUCCAGGAAAAUGACGAUGAGGAUCUCUCUGGACUAAACUACACUGUGUUUGGUUUGGGCAACAAAACGUAUGAACACUACAACGCAAUGGGGAAAUAUGUGGACAAAAGGCUGGAGGAGCUGGGAGCGACCCGCAUCUUUGAUCUUGGUUUGGGAGAUGAUGAUGGCAACCUGGAAGAGGACUUCAUUUCAUGGAGAGAGCAGUUCUGGCCGGCUGUCUGUGAGCACUUUGGAGUGGAAGCCUCAGGAGAUGAAUCAAGCAUUCGGCAGUACGAGCUGCAGGAGCACCCUGACAUCAACAUGAACAAAGUGUACACAGGAGAGAUUGGUCGCCUGAAGAGUUUUGAGGUCCAGAAGCCACCUUAUGAUUCCAAAAACCCCUUCCUGGCUCCAGUUACUGUCAACCGCAAACUCAACAAAGCUGGUGACCGACAUCUGAUGCAUCUGGAGCUAGACAUUACAGGCUCCAAGAUCAGAUACGAGUCAGGAGACCACGUUGCCGUUUUUCCCACAAACGACUCUGCGCUGGUGAACAAGUUGGGACAAAUACUUGGGGUGGACCUUGAUGUGGUUAUCUCCCUUAACAACCUUGAUGAGGAGUCCAACAAGAAGCAUCCAUUUCCCUGCCCCACCACAUACCGCACAGCCCUCACUCACUACCUGGACAUCACUCACCCUCCUCGCACCAAUGUCCUCUAUGAGCUGGCACAGUACGCCUCUGACCCCAAAGACCAGGAAAAUAUGCGCAAGAUGGCCUCAUCCUCCCCCGAGGGCAAGGCACUCUACCAGAACUGGGUGUUGGAUGCCAGCAGAAAUAUCCUCGCCGUCCUGGAGGAUAUGCCUUCUUUGAGGCCUCCUAUUGACCACUUGUGUGAGCUGCUACCUCGCCUCCAGGCUCGCUAUUAUUCCAUCGCCUCCUCCUCUAAAGUUCACCCCAACAGCAUCCACAUCUGCGCCGUAGUGGUUGAGUACGAGACCAAGACUGGCCGCGUCAACAAGGGAGUUGCGACCAAUUGGCUGAAAAACAAACUGAUCACAGACAAUGGCCACAAGUCCACCGUCCCCAUGUACAUCCGCAAGUCUCAGUUCCGCCUGCCCUUCAAAGCCACUAACCCAGUGAUCAUGGUCGGCCCUGGGACUGGAAUUGCUCCUUUCAUGGGCUUCAUCCAGGAGAGAGGCUGGCUCAAACAGCAAGGAAAGGAGGUUGGGGAGACGGUGCUGUAUUUUGGCUGCAGGCAUAAGAAUGAGGAUUACAUCUACCAGGAGGAGCUGGAGGACGCAGAGAGGAACGGAGUCUUGACAAAGCUUAAUGUUGCCUUCUCCAGAGAUCAGGACCAAAAGGUGUACGUGCAGCAUCACCUGAAGAAUAAUAAGGAGCAUGUUUGGAAGUUGAUUCACACAGACAACGCUCAUAUCUACAUCUGCGGGGAUGCAAGGAACAUGGCUAAAGACGUGCAGACGGCUUUCUGUGAGAUCGCAGAAGAGUUGGGAGGCAUGACGCACACCCAGGCCGUAGAUUACAUCAAGAAACUGAUGACCAAGGGACGCUACUCGCAAGAUGUCUGGAGUUAAGGAGCCUCAAAUCUGGCCUCACUUUGUGCAAAUGAAGUGGUAGCUUUUAUGUUUUUAUCAUUUGACUUGGUCUGGACUGAUUUUUAUUUUUUAAUUUUUUUUUUUUUUAAAAACAUAAAACCUAUGUUCAUUCUCACCCUGGUUCACCUUGACAGAAAAUGAGGCAAACUCUACCUCAGCAGGUUUUACCUAAACCCAUAAAGCAACUGCAGUCUGUGUUUGCUCUUUGCUUUUGUUUGUACACACACAGCUUGUGUUUGCUGAAUUCUAAUUUCUUAAAUCAUGAGUUUAUUUUAGAUAACAAGAUGGACAUGCACAAAAAUCUCUUCAAAAUUUUUUUUUUUUUUGGUAUAUUUUUAUUAGCUUCAAAUUUAAGGCGUAACACCACAGCAGAUUAUAAUGCAUCGUAUGUCUUUGUGAAUAUGUGUGUUUGUGUUGCAGUGUAAACACCAAGGAUGCAGUCUUUUCUCUCUCAGCUAAUCCAGUUGUGGUUUCCUAACGUUAAAUAUCUGAAAUGUUUUUAAAAGUUUCUGUUUGGUGUAACAAACUGGCAUUGUAGGUACAAAUCUGUUCACCUUUGUAUUUUGACAAGGGAGUUAGUCUUUUAUGCAGAAGUUGUUUUUCAUUUGAAUGAACAGUGGUAACACUGACGGGCACAAAAAAGGAUGCAAAGGAGAUGAUCAUAUGCAGAAAUCCUGAGAUUAUGGGCCCCCCUUCCCCCCCUUGUUAAUACUUUGCCUUUUAACAUAGAGAAUCUGUUUUUAACCUGUGAUCAUUUAAAUUGUGUUAUGUUAGAUCUGGCCUCCCAGGUGACUGUUGUUUAUGUGAUAUGCAUCUAAAAGGAGAGGAUUGUAGGUUUAGCUGGUAGUUGCAAAUCUAGCAUGAUAACCACCUGUUUGACUUUAUAUGCUUUUUCCCCUUUAUCCAACCACAUAUGCACCACUACAUGCAGAAGAUGGCCAGAAGUAACCGAACAUUUCAUUUGCUUUCUAGGAUCAGUCAAUUGGUGCUUGUCACAGAGCUUUUCGAGAUGUAUGGGAAGUUUGAGGUCAGCCAGGCAGUUAAAGAGUAGUGCCUUUUUUUUGUUUAAUGAUGCCUUAUGUAUGGAGUUGGCAUUCAAGUCUGGAUGCUUCACUGUCUUUUUUUUUUUUUCAUGCUAACGUUUUGAUAAAAUAAGUUCAGCUUAGACACUUUACCCAGUGCUGUCACUUUUAUCAUUCCUCUUUAUAAUGUAAUCAUUUAAUUAUAUGGAGGUUUGCAAUUUUUAAUUAAUAAAAACUGAAUAAUU